AUGGCUCGCACGAAACAAACCGCCCGCAAGUCGACCGGAGGCAAGGCCCCGCGUAAACAACUCGCUACCAAAGCCGCCCGCAAGUCGGCGCCUGCCACUGGCGGUGUCAAGAAGCCGCACCGUUACCGUCCGGGUACGGUCGCGCUGCGUGAAAUCCGUCGGUACCAGAAGUCGACGGAGCUGCUGAUCCGCAAGCUUCCGUUCCAGCGUCUGGUGCGUGAGAUCGCGCAGGAUUUCAAGACGGACCUGCGUUUCCAGGGCUCGGCGGUGCUUGCCUUGCAGGAGGCGGCUGAAGCGUACCUCGUCGGUCUGUUCGAAGACACCAACUUGUGUGCCAUCCACGCCAAGCGUGUCACGAUCAUGCCCAAGGACAUCCAGCUGGCGCGUCGUAUCCGCGGCGAGCGUUCUUAA